UUCUGGCUGAAUGAGGAAGUCGCCCUGUGUUCUAAAAAUGAGUAGGUCAAGGCGUAUUACUGCUUUCAAAUAGCAUAUAGGAAAAUGAAGCUGUAAGGCUGUAGAUUAUUUUUUAAUUAUUAUUCAUGUCUGAGUUACUUUCAGAGGUGAUGACAUGGACUAUUUGUGGAUUUAAGUCAUAGAAUUACUAAUUCUAAAAAGCUCUGGGGAUUUUUUUAUUGGCUUGGCAUUUAUGUUCCACUGCUUCCUGUUUGCCAUCCUUGAUUUCUCAUCUUCUUUUAGAAAAAUUUGUAUUGGAGCAUUUACUUAAAAGUUAGGCAAUAAAUUGUGUAUAACACUUAUGUAUCUAAAUAUUUUUGCCCUUUGAUUUUUACUUUCCAGGGGCCUUUCUUUCCCUUCUCCCAAUCUCUUUUAAUUUUAAUUAUAAUAUGUUCUGUACUGUGAAUUCUACUUCUAGAUUUCCAAAGAAAAAUGAUGGAGGGAUAUUUACCAGAAAUGCAAAGCACGCUGGAACCAGUCAAUCCAUCAGAUGAUGCCUCUUCCAGGUCCCCAGGUAACGAGAAGUCUGAUAAAACAUCUGGAAUGAAGGACUGCUCGAGCAUCAGUUGUACUGGGGAUGAAGGGGAAUCCAAGUUGUUGCCCUCGGACCAGGAUUCAGCAGUUCAUGGCAUAAGCAGCAAUGGGGCCCUGGCAGAAAGACAGGAGCAGCAGCAUGGUGGAGCAGACUGCUGUGCCAAUAACUGCUCUGAAAGAAAGGUAGAAGGCUUCACAAAACCAGAACAUAUAUCCAGUGCAGAAUUUGAACGACAGGAUCCAAAAACUAAUCAGACGGAACAAUCAUUAAUGGAACUACUACAGGAGCUAAGGGAGGAGUCUGACUUUGUGAAAAAAUCCAGCGAUAAAAUCUACUCAGAAAGCCCUUAUGACACAGACUGCACAAAGAAGCUUAUUUCCACAAUACAUCAGACUUCCUCACAGGAGGAUUUGCUAAAGGAAAUAGAGUCUGAACUCUUAUCUACGGAUUUUUCAAAGGAACGAAAAUUCCCCAAUGGUGUGCGGAAGGGUGAGCAGGCCUUGGCCGCCUUUGAAAAAUGUGUGCAAGAUAAGUACCUGGAGCAAGAACAAACUAUAAAAAAACUGAUAAAAGAAAAUAAAAAGCAUCAAGAACUGAUUUUGGAAAUUUGCUCAGAAAAGGACAACUUAAAAGAUGAAUUGAAAAAACGAUCAGAAACAGAAAAGCAGCACCUCAACAUUAUUAAACAGCUGGAAGCAAGAAUGGAAGAGCUUAAUAAAGAAGUGAAAGCUAGUAAAGACAAACUUUUAACUCAAGAUGCGGCAGCCAAAAAUGCUAUUCAGCAGUUGCAUAAAGAGAUGGCCUUUCGAAUGGAACAGGCAAACAAGAAAUGUGAAGAAGCACGCCAUGAAAAGGAAACGAUGGUGAUGAAAUAUGUCCGAGGGGAGAAAGAGUCACUUGACCUCCGAAAGGAAAAGGAGAUACUUGAGAGAAGAGUGCGAGAUGCAAACAAAGAAAUUGAGAAGCAUACUAAUAAAAUCAAGCAGCUUUCUCAGGAAAAAGGGAGAUUGCACCAGCUCUAUGAAACUAAGGAUGGUGAAGCCACUCGACUCAACAAAGAAAUAGAGAAAUUGAAAGAAGAAAUCAAUUCUCAUGUUAUCAAAGUAAAAUGGGCUCAGAACAAACUGAAAACAGAAAUGGAUUCACACAAGGAAACCAAAGAACGCCUCAAAGAUGCAACGACAAAAUUAACUGAAGCAAAAGAAGAAGCAGACCAGAUAAGGAAAAACUGUCAAGAAAUGAUAAAAACCUAUCAAGAAUCAGAAGAAAUUAAAUCAAAUGAAUUGGAUGCAAAACUCCGAGUAACUAAAGGAGAACUAGAGAAACAAAUUCAGGAGAAGUCUGAUCACCUGGAGGUGCAUCAUGCAAAAAUAAAAGAACUGGAGGACUUGAAGAGGACAUUUAAAGAAGGCAUGGAUGAGCUUCGGACACUGAGAACAAAGGUAAAGUGUCUAGAGGAUGAACGUUUAAGAACAGAAGAUGAGUUAUCCAAGUAUAAAGAAAUCAUUAAUAGACAGAAAACUGAAAUUCAGAAUUUGCUGGACAGAGUCAAAACUGUAGAUCGUCUGCAGGAUCAACAUCAGAGAGAUGAACAAGAAAUCAGUGCUCUAAAGGAAGAAGUAGAUGGUUUCAAUUCUCUGAUUGCUGAUCUCCAGAAGGACAUUGAAGGUAGUCGGAAAAGAGAAUCUGAGCUAUUGAUAUUCACUGAAAAAUUAACCAGUAAGAAUGCACAGCUUCAGUCUGAAAACAAUUCCUUACAGAGCCAAUUGGAUAAGCUUUCUUACAGCGAAAGAGAGCUGCAGAACCAGCUGGAAUGUGUUCAACAGGCUAAAGAUGAUCUGGCCACCAAGUUGCAGAAGGAGGAGGAUCAGAGGAAGCUAGAGGUUGAGGCGCUACAGGCUCAGCUCGCUUCAGAGCAGAAGGAGCUGACGGCGCUGAAGACCCACGUGGAUGAACUGAAAGAUGAACUGGCCACCCAGAAGCGCAAGCAUGCAGCAAACCUGAAAGACCUCACAAAACAACUUCAGCUAGCACGCAGGAAAUUGGAUCAGAUGGAAAAUGGUAAUUAUGACAAAGAAGUCAGCAGCAUGGGGAGCCGUUCCAGUUCAUCAGGGUCCCUUAAUGCGCGCAGCAGCAAUGAGGAUCGGUCACCUGAGAACACUGGAUCUUCAGUAGCUGUGGACAGCUUUCCAGAGGUGGACAAGUCUGUCUUGGUCGAGAGAAUACUAAGGCUACAGAAGGCACAUGCUCGAAAAAAUGAGAAGAUGGAGUUUAUGGAGGAUCACAUUAAACAACUGGUGGAGGAAAUCAGGAAAAAAACCAAGAUUAUUCAGAGUUACAUUUUGCGGGAAGAAGCUGGAACACUAUCCUCAGAGGCCUCUGACUUCAACAAAGUUCACUUGAGUAGACGGGGUGGGAUUAUGGCAUCUCUCUAUACAUCUCAUCCCGCAGAUAGCGGUCUCACCUUGGAACUCUCCUUAGAGAUAAACAGGAAGCUGCAGGCUGUGUUAGAAGAUACAUUACUGAAAAAUAUUACAUUGAAAGAAAACCUUCAAACUCUAGGAACAGAAAUAGAACGGCUUAUUAAGCACAAGCAUGAACUGGAACAGAAAAUAAAGCAGACAUAACUAAAACUUUUAUGGAAUUACCAACGUGAAGAUGCAGAAAAGGCAGGUGCUACAGACCACUCUUCUUUUUUUUUCAACAUUUUCCCUGCCAUUUGAUUGCCUGCCAGCACAAGGGUCUCUGUAGGGGCGUAUCCAGCCUUUCCCCGUACGGGCUGACUCGUGUGAGGGAUCACCAGGGUUUGGCAUCAUCAUGGUUCUGUCUGCCCAGCACCAGCCCGAGGUGUUGCUGAAUUUUACCACACACUGCAUUUAGGCAAAACUUCUAUUUGAAAUGACGUACAGCUGCUUUGCAGUCCAUACUAUGUUUUGAGUGAGUUGCAGUGAGAUUUUAAUUUCUGCACUGUGUGAUUAAUCAGUCUCUUAAUGAUGGAGCUUGAAAAAAAUAAAACUAAUGAUGUCUUAGUUGCUGUUGAACAUAUCCAGUGUUACUGAGCUUUAAGGGCUUUCAGACAUGAUUUCCUUCCUUGUAUAUUAUUUCUGAGAUUUAGGUUGAUUAAGCAUUUUUGACAUACGCGUGUAAAAAUGCUUUGUCACAAAAUUCUGGGUUUUAAUUGGUAGCCAUGAUAUUGCAUAUUUUUGGUUUUAGAUUAACACUCAACUGUCACUUCCUUUAUUCAAGAAGUGAAACAACAGUAAAACUAAGGGAUUAAGAAACUUUCUGAUUUUUAUUGGGUAUGUGGAAUUGAAACAAAUGUCAGUUCAACAAAUCCUGUAAACCCUUGAUCUUUAGAUGUAUGGAUCUAAAGAAGUCUGAUAUCAGAUGAUUGGUUAAUAAAGUUCUCUGGCCUUCUGCAUAACUAACAGCAUUUUAAAAGUAGGAGUUUUAACUGCCCAUUGUUGUGUAUGUGGUUGCAUCAAAGGCAGAUGGAAACUAACCAGAUUUCUCAUUACCUGUGGCUAGACCAGUGAAAGUAAUGGUAAGAAACGGGAAAUGGGAUUUUAAUCUGUUGGUUGGACUGUGAAAGUGGCACAGAAAUCUGUGUGACCCCUUUAUUUUAUGGUUGUGAAGAAUUAGUUGGUAAAAAUGGCAUGAACUGAGAACUGUUUCAUAGUCCUUCAGUGGCUGAGAGGGUGAUAGAGUAUCAAGGAGCUGAUAGUCUGGUUUCUCUCUAUUCCAGCAGUAAAUGCAUAGAUUUCUGUAUUUAUUGCCUGUUGACCAAAACGAAUUGACCAGAUCAGUGUAAAUAAAUACUUUGGGGUUUUAUUAAAUACUUGAAUUUCCUAUUAUGAUGAAAAAAGAUUCACUGUACAUUUACAAUAGCAAUGCUUUAGCUAUUUUAAUUAGAAAGGAUACCUGGGGGGAAAAGGGGGAAUUUAUCUUACUGCAGGCACUGUUUGCAUCACACCCAAAAGAAGGGGUCUGAAUCCUGCAGCAUGCAGGAGGGCAAUUUAUCGAAGCAGCGAGGUGACUUAGGGGUUUGCACUCCGUUUUUCAGGUGCCACUGAGUCACUUGAGCUCUGUAAUAAACCAAAUUGAGCAAAAGGGCCUGAUUUGGUUUGAGUAGUUGAUUCAAGACAGUGACGCUUCCUUUUUACUUUAAAGAUUAGGUAUCUCUGAAAGCCCUUGUGGUUUCAAGACCUGGUUUUUGGUCCAGAGAGCUUCAAGAGUCUUGAAUGGCAGGUCCCUUCAGUGUCAAAGGUUUAAGUAUUUCUUUAGCAAGGGAAGGUGGAAACAAAUUAUUUAAAACCUGACCGAGCAUUGUAGAAACUGUGAGCCUUUAAUCUGGGUGGGUUUUUAUACAUAUAUUUUUCUAAUUCUUGAGAGCAAUGGUUAUCUGAAGUGUUAGGCAAUUAGGACCAGUCCAGCCAUGGGACUGCCUCUGCUUUACUGUUGUUUAAGUGACGUGAAGAGGAAAAUACCUGGCUCUGCUGAAACAGAUUUGUCACCAGCUUCCAGGAAGCGAGCAGGCAGCUGUUCAUGACUGAACUAGACCUUCUGCUGAAAGAAUUUAGAACAAUUUGCAUGUCAAAACAUAGCUUAGCUCUUGUAUGUUUGUGUUUUCACGCUUUAACAUACCAGAUCUCUGGAUAUUUUCAGGCAUUCAGCUGAAUGACUCCAGUAUUUUAGAUACCCUGUUAAUAUUGUAAUCAUUUAAUGUACGUUCUCCAGGUGUACAGUGUGAAUGAAGGAGAGGUGUGGUGCAGAUGGAAUAAGUGCAAUGACAUUGUGGAAAUUCUUAUUUCUUUUUGGCAUGGUUGUUUCUCCUUUUUAAGUUAUUUGAGAAACCUAGUUAGUGUCCUCCUGCCCUGCUGGAAAUGCUGCUUCCUUUCUGUAGCACUAGUACCUUCUCAAACUUUUUUUUUUUUCUUGGUUAUGGAGACACACAAAGCAGCUACAAUAUCACAUUGUUUAUUGUCCACAGUAUUUUCAUGGACCAAAGUCAUCUGCUACAGGCGUUAUUUUAAACAUACCUGUUAGAGGUGGAAAUUUCUAGCUCGCACGUUGGCAAAUAACUCUAUCCAGUCACCCCAGAACGUGACAUGACAGGGUCAGCCAGCAACUUUGCUUAAUGAUGUUGGUUGUUACUGAGAGGCGGUGGUGUAUUGGCCAUAAAAAUGUUGCUGGCAAGGCACCUGCCUGUUGUUUCCCUGGGGUGGGUGGUUGGGAGUGUAAUAUUGGUGCACAGAACGAGAACACUUCUGUGAAAAGGUGUGUUUCCAUGGGGUGGCUCACAGGGUGGGUGCAAGGCUUGCAUAGCCAUCACAUUUCAGUUACCUGUGUUUCAAACUCUUUACACUAUGAACCUGAGACUGAAAACUGUCCUCACAUAAACUGAAUUUUAGAGAUAAACUGAUAAACGAAUUUUGAAGGCAGCCUGGAGCAGUUAGCUACGUACCUGUCAUUGAAAUUCAAUGUCCAUUAGAGAUGUAAUUGCCACAGGCUGCUUUUGAAAAUUCCAAGCUUGUAGCUAAUUGUGUCCUACAGGCUUAAACAUCUGUUUCUUAAAUACUCAGGGUGCUCUUUUAAUUCAAACAUCGCACAUGCAGAUGUUGUUAGAGGCCCUACAGGAAGGCUGCCUAUGCUUUUCCACCCUCUGUAAAAUCCAGCACUGUCGUUCUCUAAAGGCAGACACUCUGAACUGAAGAACACCAUUUCAUGCUGUAGAAAUCUCUGGCUUUCUGCCACAUAGACUUGUGCAAUAUUUUUAAUUUUAGUCUCUGGAAAACAGUGGAGAUUGAUUUGUUCCUCAGAUAAUGUUUUCAUCAUCUUCACUUGUUGCUGGCAACACCUGCAGCAUCUCCAGCGACUGAAACUGAAGUUACUCUCUUGAAAUAUUUUCCAUUACAAUAUUUUGGUUCAUAACUAAAAAAAAAAUAAUUUGAAAAAAAAAAAAUCAGAUCUCUGGCUUCCACUGAAUCGAGUGUACAGCUGAGUGCCCGCAUGCUGCAGAGACCCCAGUCUAGGAAGGGGUUCAGGGAGCAAGUCCUGUCCGAGUGGGUUUCACCCUUCCUGCUGUGCCUGGAAAAUGGAAAUAUCAGCAGUAGGUGGCACCAGAAAUCAGAUUUACCGUGUCUCCACAGUGACCUGAGACCUGUGGAAGGGCAGGCAGCUGCCUUGCAGAGGGAGCUGGGUGGUGUUUAGAGCUUUUCCGAGAUGGAUGGGGGCUUCCUUCCCGUUUUUUUGUGUUCUAACUAGAACUAUGUUGAAUCUUCCAAUAUAUGUAUGUACCUUGUCUGAAUAUAAGCAGAACGUCUAUUGAUUUAAUUUUGUAGAUAACCUGUUUCUGUAUAAAGUUUUUGAAAGAUACCGCUAUACAUUAUGUAUAUAUUGUACUUUGAAAUAAUAAACAUACAAAUGUGUGAAA